AUGUUCAAUAAUCACAAUCACAUCAACCACAAGGAACGUCAGACUUCAGAUAUAAAUCAUGUGGAUGUAUCAGGAUCGCCGAGCACCGUCAUUACUGAUUCGCAAAACGUUGACAACACCAAUGAUAUUCCAUACUCUCCGUCAUUAGAUAUGACCCCAGAGAAUGGUGCAACCCAGUUUCCUGCAACCAUCGAUACCACAUUAGCUAAUGAGAAUGGUCGACAAUUUUCCCAUUCUUCUCCCGCGACCACCGUGAUAAGACCACUGGGGACUUUCGAAACCGCCCCUAACAGAAAUUCCAUGCCUUCGAUGAAACCACCGAUAGUGUCUCCAAAAAGAAGUCGUGGUAUGUCAUUGAGAUCUCAAUUAUUGAAUAGAACUUUAGAGAACAACCUUAAGGCCGCGUACAAUAAUAAAGACCAUGAAGAAACCUAUAUCGACAACAUCGAAUUGCAAUCGAGCAUCAAACCGUCAACUCUGACAAAAACCUCAUCGAGCCCUAAUGUCCAUGAGAGAUCGGUAUCGAGGAACCACUCUAAUAAAAAUAGCGGCUCACUGGUUAACUUAUCCUCGACAUCCACCAAUAUUCAUUUAAAGAAAACUGCGUCUUAUCCUAAAGCCCACCAAAAGACGUAUAGUAUCAACCGAAUGAUUCAAAGUAUCAAGUAUACUUUUGGAUUGGCAAAACUACGACCAACGAGAGAUGGAAGAAAAAUCCCAUUGGGGUUGGAACAAUUUGAUUUCCAAAUAUUUUCUGACGAUAAUCCCGAUUUUCAUGACCAGUUUUCCCCGGGAGAUAUUUCCUAUUAUUACGAUGGAUCACAGAAUUUGUUGGUCGAUGAACGAAGCUCACAACCGUACGUUAAUAACCAGGUUGUGUCGUCGAGAUACAAUAUUUUGAAUUUUUUACCAAAGCAACUAUAUGCCCAGUUUUCCAAACUUGCCAACGUUUAUUUUAUGACCAUUGCCAUCAUGCAAUUGGUACCAAAUUGGUCCACCACCGGUACUAGUACCACGAUCAUCCCAUUGUCGAUUUUCAUUAGUAUUUCUAUUGCCAGAGAAGGUAUUGAUGAUUUAAGAAGACAUUCUCAGGACAAGCAAGAAAACAAUAAAAAAGUCAGGGUACUCGUUGAAGACCCCGAGGAAGCGCGGCGUCAACUUUUGGAUAAGAAUUUUGAUAAAAGAAUGAGUAUGGUUAGUAAACUAUCUGAUAGAAGUGACAAUUCCACUACCGAGUUGAAUCAAGAUUUCAAUAAUCCUCAGUCCCCCACCAACGCCACCGCCAGCAGAGACAGUACUCCACCUCUGGAGAAUGAUCAUGUGCAUUCCGUAAAUUCGUUUGCGAACAGCGCUCUUUUAAAUGAUGUGGAUAUCUGUGAAAAGAAAACCAAUUGGAAGAAUCUUCGAGUUGGAUCAAUAAUCAAACUAGGUCAAGAUGAAGCAGUACCUUCAGAUAUCAUUAUUUUGACCUCGGAUAAUGAAAACAGCGAAGUAUUUGUGGAGACUAUGGACUUGGACGGGGAAACUAACUUGAAAACUAAGGUCCCGCAUAGUGAAUUGAACGAUGCGUGUAAUUCUGCGGCGAAAUUAUCUAAUGUCAAAGGGGUAGUUACCACCGAAGACCCAAACCAGAACUUAUAUUCUUUUGAAGGGCAUUUCAUCCUUAAUAAUAAGAAAUACCCACUAACGAACGAUAAUAUUGUAUAUCGUGGGUCGGUGAUCAGAAAUACCAAUUGUGUUUUGGGGUUGGUGAUUUUCAGUGGGGAAGAAUCAAAGAUCAGAAUGAACGCCAUCAAGAAUCCUCGUACUAAAGCUCCACAUAUGCAAAGAACCAUCAAUAUCAUUAUUGCGUUUAUGAUUUGCGUGGUGGUGGGGUUGUCUGUUGGUUCGUUUAUCGCGGAAAAGGUGAUUUACAAACGAACCAAGAACCGGUUCGAGUAUCUCAUGGGAAAAGACGUGGGGUCGAUGCCGACAUUCAUGUCAUUUAUUAUCAUGUACAACACUUUGAUUCCGUUAUCUUUAUACGUCACCAUGGAGUUAAUCAAGGUGGCGCAACUUUUGUUUUUACAAUUCGAUGUGGAUUUGUAUUAUGGACCGACCAACACUCCUGCCGAAGCGAAAACCGCGACAAUUUUGGAAGAGUUGGGGCAAGUGAGUUAUAUCUUUAGUGAUAAAACCGGUACUUUGACCGAUAAUUUGAUGGUAUUCCGGAAAUUUUCGAUUUCUGGGGUUCCGUGGAUCCAUGAUUUGGACCAAAUAUUGGAAGAAUUGGAAGCCCGCCCUGAAGGUAUUGAUAAUAAUAAUAAUAAUAUUACCCCGUAUACUAGCGGUUCGCCAAGUUUUGGCCGCUCUUCUUACGAUGUUAGUCGGAAAGGGUCGCAUGAUUUCAGAAACUCCUUGGAUAGAAAAGGCUCGGUGGAUAUUCGUCGUGGUACCGGGACGUUACAUUAUAGUGGGCGUCCGUCAAUGGCGGUGAUUGAUGUCAAGUCAUUUUCUUCCAAUGCGGCUUCGCCAUCGUUGAAAUUAACCGCCACCAAUUUCACCGAGAUCACGACCAAUAAAUCCCAUUUGAAAUCGUCAAUUGAAUUGAUCAAUUUCAUCCAAACUAACCCACAUUUGCCAUACGCUCAACGGGCGAAAUUCUUCAUUUUAUCUUUAGCAUUGUGUCAUACUUGCUUCCCGAAAAGACUCGCGGGUAAUGAUGAUAAUGAUGAUAUUGAGUAUCAAUCCUCAUCUCCUGAUGAAUUGGCGUUGGUCACCGCGGCCCGCGAUAUGGGGUUUGUGGUGUACGACAAGCGUCAAAAUACUUUGAUUCUUAAGACCUACCCAUCGGGAUUGGACAAGCCGGCAGUGUCUGAGAGUUACGUGAUUUUGGACAUUAUUGAAUUCAAUUCGGUUCGGAAAAGAAUGUCGUGUAUCAUUCGAUUCCCGGAUGGCAGAAAAUGUUUGAUUUGUAAAGGGGCAGAUAAUGUGAUUUUGCAACGGUUGAAGGCCUCGUACAACAGCAGUGAGGCAUCGGAAAAAAUUGCCAAGAACUCCAAGCUUAGAAAAGAGGCAGAGGCAGAAUACGUGAUCAAUGAAAGAAAUUCUAAUAGUGCUGAUUUAUUCCAGAAAAGCACCAUUCUGAACAUUAGGAAAUCGAUGACGAUGAAGCGGACUAAUAAUGAUCAAAUUGCCAAUGAGUUGGUCAACGAUAUAUUGGCGGAGAAGGAUAAUCGGAUGUCAUCAGAAAUCGAUCGGAUUGCCGAAAAUUCUCGAAAAUCAUUACAUUUGGAUCAACAAAGACGGUACGGUCUCACUCCCACCGAUUCUCCUAAAAUGGGGGAUGGGCAAUUCCACAAUUCUCUUGGUGGUUAUCUCAUUGAUGAUGAAUUACUUGGGAAUGAUCAAUAUAUUGCCGAAAAGACUUUGGAACACAUUGAUGAAUUUUCCACCGAUGGUUUGAGAACCUUGUUGUACGGGUACCGUUGGCUUAGUGAUUCUGACUACGAUCAGUUUUCCCAGCGAUAUUAUGAAGCGAAAACCGCGCUUGUGGAUCGGCAAUUGAAAAUGGACACGGUGGGUGAAGAAAUUGAAGCCGAUUUGGACUUGUGUGGGGCCACCGCGAUCGAGGACAAGCUUCAAGAAGGGGUUCCCGACGCUAUUGAAAAAUUCCAUAAUGCGGGAAUUAAAAUGUGGAUGUUGACGGGCGAUAAGCGUGAAACCGCGAUCAAUAUUGGUUAUUCGUGUGGUUUGAUCAAGAAUGUUUCCACGGUGGUGAUUCUCAAUGGUGAUGAAGAUGACGAAGCCGGAUUAUUAGCGAAGAUGGAAGCGGCGAUCCUCGAAAUCAAGGAUCAGAACGUUGCCCAUUGUGUGGUGGUAAUCGAUGGAAUGACCUUAACUCAAGUGGAAAACGAUAUUACCAUGAUGAACAUGUUUAUUGAAUUUGGGUGUGUUGCCGACGCAGUGAUUUGUUGCCGUGCCUCGCCAUCACAAAAGGCCAAACUUGUUGGGGUGGUUAAGAACAAGUAUAAAGAACAAGUCACUUUAGCGAUUGGUGAUGGGGCCAAUGAUAUUGCGAUGAUUCAAAGCGCCGAUAUUGGCAUUGGGAUCACUGGUAAAGAAGGGUUACAAGCUGCUAGAUCGUCAGAUUACUCUAUUGCCCAAUUCCGAUUCCUUGUCAAGUUGUUGCUCGUUCAUGGUCGUUAUAAUUAUAUUCGAACCACCAAGUUUGUGUUAUUCACUUUCUACAAAGAAUUCAUGUUUUAUUUAUCCCAAGCGAUUUUCCAAAGAAACACUUUAUGGACCGGGACCUCGUUGUAUGAGCCGUGGUCAUUGUCGAUGUUUAACACUUUGUUCACGUCGUUGCCGGUAUUGUGUAUUGGUAUUUUUGAAAAAGAUUUACGUCCGGCAACCUUGAUUGCUAACCCCUGGUUGUAUCGUCAAGGCCGGGAGAAUCGGUCGUUUAAUUUACCGAUUUUCAUGUAUAAUAUGUUUUUGGCGACCGCCACCAGUGCGAUGGUGACACUAUUGUCUUGGAAAUUAUGGGGCAACAGUGCCGCCAGAGAUAAUACUAUUAUGCCGAAUGGAGUGAUGACGUACACCGUGUUUGUGAUAUUGGUGAACGUGAAGUGUCAAAUGUUGGAUAUGCGGAAUCGUAACGUUUUUGCGUUUUUAUCGGUGAUUAUCGAGUGUGGUGGGGUAUUUGCUUGGAACUUUUUGAUCACUCAAUUGUACAAUGAUAGUGCGUCGUUAAUUUAUCGGGUGAGUUCAGGAAUCACCCAGGAAUUUGGCAAAGAUUGGUCCUGGUGGGCUGGUUUGGCGUAUUUGACGGUGGUAGGAUUAUUGGUGGAUAUCGUGAUUCAGGUGUUGCGUAAUUGGUGGUUCCCUACCGCCACGGAUUAUUUCCAAGAGUUUGAAAAGAAUUUUGUACUAAGGAGUCGGUUUGAACAAUUGGCGUAUCGGUACCUUUGGCAAUCUUGGGAGUUUGCAAAAGAUAAGAAUUUUGCCAAAGUCCGCAACUUGUUUGGUGGUGGCGGAUCGAACGCCGAUGGAUUACGGGUUCCAGAUCCGUCGUUAUCAUUAACCCUGGUCAAUCCACGUCUCGGAAAUGGGGUAGUAGAUGCUGAUAUGAAAGGGACCAUCGAUACCAUGAAUCCAAAAUAUAGGGUACAUGUCCUUCCAAGUGGCAAGGUUCAUCGACGCCGUAUCCAGGAUACUACGCUCACGAAAAUUGGUAAGAGGAUGGGAUUAAUUGACAGUGAUAAUCAUGAUUUGGCAGGGAUUGCUGAGGUCAAUGAAACUGAGGAUGAGGAUGAUACUUACAUUGAUGAAGUAAUGAGACAAAGAGAGCCGAGCGAUGAAGCAGAUUUUGGUAACCCAAGAAGAAGAAGAGGGGCUGGGGAAGGGGGAGAUGAGUGA